UAGCCAUAACAACCUGAAAAGGCACGUUUUUUUGUGCGUUACUGAGUGAAACGCUACAAAUUAUUUACAACACGUUGUUUGAUUUUAUUGAUGAUUUCAAUUAUGUUUUUGAAACGGUAAUUUAACCUCCGGUUUAAAGGUUUUUGGUCUCUCCCCAUUCAGAGAGAUAGAACUCAAGUCUUGUAUGGCUGGAAAUGAAGACCCGGCAAAUAGGCCGCCGAGUAAACAGACAUAAAUAGAGUAAACGGUGUAGAGAUUCCGCUUGAAUCGCCUGGCAGGACCACACUGCGCUCUUUGCUCUGAAGCGUUUUCAUCAUGACCCAAAUAGAAGCGUGGUACAUGGACGAGUCUACCGAGGAUCAGAGGCUUCCUCACAGAUUAGAGCCAAACAAGCCCGUCUCUUUGGAAGACUUGCAGAAAAUCGGAGUUUUCUACUGGAAGUUGAACGCUGAUAUCUAUGAGAAUGACCCUGAGUUACAGAGGCUCCGUGAAGAAAGAGGCUACUCUUAUAUGGACAUUAUAACCAUCCAUCCAGAUAAACUGCCAAACUACGAGGAUAAAUUGAAAAUGUUCUAUGAAGAGCAUCUGCACCUGGAUGAUGAGAUCCGCUACAUCUUGGAAGGAAGAGCAUACUUUGACGUUAGGGACAAAAAUGACGGCUGGAUAAGAAUUGCUAUGACAAAGGGGGACCUGAUAACACUGCCAGCUGGAAUUUAUCACAGAUUCACCCUGGAUGAGACGAACUACACUAAAGCCAUGAGGCUGUUUGUGGGAGAGCCAGUGUGGAAGGCCUACAACCGUCCAGCUGAUGAUUUUGAAAUCCGCCAGAAGUACGUCAAGUCACUUAAGUGCUCCUGAACUGGAUCUAGGAUCACCUGAUGACAUUGGUGUCCUGGAGCUAUGAGUUCUAUGCCUUAUUGUGAUACCUCUGCAUCUUCAACAAUCUUCCAAUCAUAUUAGCAGGACAGUAGUCAUAGAUAAAACAAUUAUCAAUGCAUCUUGAUGCAACCUUUUUUUUCUAUACAUGAUUUCUAUUUUCUUACUGUCUGAGGACUUUGCAGUUUUAAAGCAAAGUAUUCAUAAUGAUCCAUAAUUAAUUUACUUCCAAUAUGUUUUAUUAAUAAAUCAAAUGGAAAUGAUGUGGCGAGUGAACUAGAAGGCUCUCAUUCACUGCUAUUGCAUGAGACACUGCAGCCACUAAUCUGCGAUAAAAUGCGCAGUUAUGGUGGAAUGCUCGUUUUCUUUAAUGAUUUUAUAACUUUGGUUUUGGUCUCGUUGUAGAGGGAGGGAAUCGCUAUGUCAGUAAAAUAUUUUCGACACUGAAUCUCGGAUCCCCAGUGUGCAACUUGGUGCGAAAGCACUGGUUACAUGGACUUACUUGCGUUUAUAAGCAGCGCAGUUGGUUUUGUGGUACAUUAAAUCUGCAACAAGAGACGGUAUCCCUCCUAAAAGUUGCAAAUAUGUAGUCAUUUCUCUUUUGAAUUUUCCCGUUCCACCUUAAAUGGUGCAGUAGUUACAUUCGGCACCAUAGUCAGAAUUUAAGGUGGAACGGGAAAAUUUGAACGAGAUGCGACUUCAGCCUAAAUCAAAUCGAAUUAUACAAGAAACUGUUCUAGUUUUAAGGAAAGUUUUCUGGUGGAGAUGGGAGGAAAGCUGCUAUAGCUGAGCUCUCGAUUAUAUUUUUUAGUCUGUACAAGGACAUCACACACUGAGACAUACUGGACAUUAAAUGUCUCCCAAUGCGGUCUGAUUUUUGUUGAAAGAACAUAAUAUCUCUUCUUAACAUUUGGCUUAUGACUCCUGGAUCUAACCUGGCUUUUCAUGCAGAUCCAGUCGGAUCGAUUCAGAAUCGUUCAUGUCCGCAUCGCAAUGCAUCCAAGAAUCAAGUUUUUCCCGUAACCCUACUGUGAGUUAUAAAUUAGGAUAAUGCACACCUGCUUCGGUAGUAUUACAAAUUGUUUUGAUCCUUUAAUGAUAGUGUCUUAACAGAUUUUAAUAAAAAUUUACAGGUUUGUCUCA